GAUUUUAUUCAGCUCUAUUCGCAGUUCGAUGUCGGACUUCGUCGCGCAAUGACUGACUGCGGGUCGCGUAUUCGAGAUUCGAGAGUAUUUCGUAUCGCCGUAGACACUCUGACCGAUGAUCUUCCGUUGUGGAUUGUUUGGCUGUUUUGUUGAUCGCAGGGUAUUUUAAGCGCGAUCGGUGUCCGACGCGUGUUUGGUUUGCUGAAAUAUAUAUGAAAAAAGUUCUCAUAAGAAGAUGAAUAUACACAUGAGUUGAAUGCGAAUAUGCGAAUUGAUGCUAUUGAGUGAUAAAUAAAUUUUAAUUACCAUUUGGCAAUUGAGUGUGAUCACACUAGAACGCGAAGAAUACGACAACGGAGUCGGUAUCGUUAGUGGUUCAGCAAAGAGAUUGAGUUUGGGUAUAGGAAGGUCUAUGUGCUAUAGGGGGAAGGAAUGGGUGAUGACCUGAUCAAUCGAUGGUGAAGAUAUUCUGUAGUGAAGCUGUUUGAUGAAGAAUGGCAGCCAACAUUUAGUGUCGAGCCGUGUUUCCAAAGUAGUUAGCAGUCUACGUUCCUGAUGCUGGCAGCGAAUUUCAUUUCACCCUAUCGCAAGUUCAAGUGUUAAAUUAGUUCAAUUAUUAGUCGUUAAUAACUGGCCAGUGGUCGUUCAUUUGCCACGCAACAGCAGCAGUGCACUGAAAAGCUGGACCAUCUCCGUCGAAGUGUUUGUUCCCCCGGAAUACGUGUGUAGCCGAGUAAUUGCUGUUAUUCCUGAACUUCCAGCAUUCCGCGCGAUCCGGACGAGUGAUUCCAACUUGGGUCAUAUAGAUGGUACCAAUAUGGUCGAUGAGAAGUGAUCGCGUCAAUCGAAACACACCGCAGGAAUAAAGUGAUGUAAUUUUAAAUUACUGCCGUCUGCCAUUAAUCAGCGUCGUCACCUCUGUGCGUUUGUGUGUACCCAAUGUGUGAUCAAAGUGAGGACAGCCAAUAUUGAAAGAUAGCCGCCCCGUUCGAUUUGUUUGGGAUGUACGAUUCGAACGAGUGACGAAUUAGUUUAGAAUACCGAACAAGUGAUGAUAGGUGUAUCCACUCACAACGAUUGAAAGUGGUAAUUUGCAACUCCUGAUUAUUAUCAACAAAUUCCUGACCAAGGUGUAAGACCGCAGUUGACGGAGGUCGAGUUGACACUCGGGAUUAGCGAUUUGGCCGGUAAACAUCGAACGUGGUUUUGAUUUUGUAGUGUUUCGAAAUACGGCUGCCGAAAAUAGGAUUGAAGAAACGAAUGAAGAAGAGAAGUGAGUUUUAUGUGAUUUUCGUCAGCAGUGAUUGAAGAGUCAAUCGAUACCUAGUCCAGAUUAAUCGGCUUGGAUUUCGUGAGUGAGCGUGAAAAUGGCCAAAAGGUGGUCCCUAACGGGUGCAGGCCCUGGCAGUAAAGAGUGCAGUGACGAGUUUGAAAUUGCAGUUCUGUUGGAUCGACCUGCUGCGAGCUGUUCGCCAGUACGACGAAUGAUUGACGACGAUAGUGAAAGGGGUCGCCCGGAAACUGAUUCCGUUGGUGUUGGUGGUGGUUUUGAUGAUUGUGAUGAUGACGAAGAUGAUGCUCGCUAUGAUUGCACUUCCGGUGGCGAUCGUGAUAGUGACGACGAGGAACGGAUUAUGAUUUUCGACGAGCAGCGCCCCCUACGCGGCAAGCGACAUUCGAACACGAAAGUGAAGAUGUUCAUGUCGAAAAACUCCUCAGUUGAUCCACCGUCGGCGCCAAUCUCGCGGGAAAAUGAACAGCAUUCGACAGCAGCGUUGAACCUCAACACCUCAUCAGCCUCAGCAGCACUGAACAACAGCAGAAGCAGUAGCACCAACAACAGUCCAACUCCGACCCCAACCUCAAAUAGCGCCAGCAACAGGAUGAAGAACUCCGCCACAGCCACAGCCACCCCCAACAGUAGUAACAACAAUAAUCACAACAACGUCCCCACCAGUGGCAGUGGAAAUAGCAACCGUGGCAAAAAGACACCCCACGGGAAGCAUAAAAACCCCGACGAGGAAUGCGACAUCAUCGGGGACCUGAUAGGCGACUACGGCAAGUGGCAGUUUGUGAUGACCUUCCUGCUGUCGCUGUUCCAGGUGCCCAACACGUUCCACAUCUACUCGCCCACGUUUCAGGCAGCAGAAAAAAGCCACUGGUGCCGACGGCCGUCGCAUCUCAACGACAUCUCGGUCGAUCUGUGGCGAAACGUGACCCAGCAGCGGGAAAACUGCCGGAUACUGAACUACGAUUGGAACUCGGUCGGAUCCGAGCAGACGCUGCGAAAUUUGAGCAUACCGGGCAAUCUGUCACAUGUGGGUUGCAGCUCGUGGGAGUUUGAUCUCAACGAUAAUCUUGGCAACACGUGGGCCUCGGAGUGGAGUCUGGUGUGCGACAAGGAAUACCUGAAGGAUGUGGCGGAGAUGUUCUUUCUGGUCGGAGUGGCCACCGGUGGCAUUACCAGUGGGGUGCUGUCCGAUAAAUUCGGACGCAAGAAGAUGCUGUUCAUUUCGGCCGUUUUGCAGGCGAUUUUCGGCCUUGCGUUGUAUUUCGUGGAUUCUUUGGAGUUCCUGUUAAUUCUGCGCGCACUACUCGGCAUCGUAUCCGUUUCCGUCACAUAUGCAGGACUGAUCCUGGCCAUUGAGUACGUGGACGGUAAGUGGAGAACCAUCGCCGGAAUGUACAACUUGUUCCCCCUGCCGGUGUCCUACAUCAUGAUCUCGGGUCUCGCCUAUCUGACGCAGGAUUUCAGAAGUCUGCAGCUCUGUAUCGGAUUACCGGGAGUGUUUCUCUGUUUCUUGUGGUUCGUACUUCCGGAAUCCCCCCGGUGGUUGCUCUGCAAAGGUCGCAUAGCCGAGGUGAAGGAAAUUGUGCGAAAGGCAGCCGCCUUCAACAAUCGCCCGCUACCGGACAACUUGGACAAACUGCUCAAGCCCCCAACCGACGAGGAAGAGAACGUGGCCGGCGUCUGCGAGCUGUUUCGUUCCAAAUAUCUGCGGCUGGUCACGUUCUGCUUCCUGUGCAUUUGGUUUACGAUGAAUCUCGUCUACUACGGACUGGUGCUCAACAUGAACAGCUUCGGCGGCAACAUCUACUUGAAUUCGGCUCUGGCAGGUUUGGUGGAAAUUCCGGCAAUCGCAAUGGCAAUGUACAUCAUCAACAGAACGGGCAAGAAGUGGCUCUUCUGUGCGACAUUCUUUGCAGCGGCCCUGGCGUGCUUGUGUGCAGCGGUUGUCGAGGGGAAAGAGGAAUAUUUAUCGUUGAAAAUCACCUUCCUCAUGAUUGGUAAAUUCACAAUCAGCGCUGGCAACACCAUAAUGCCGGUUUACACGGCCGAACUGUACCCAACUGCCAUCAGGAACGUUGGCGUGGGGGCUUGUAAUCUCGCGGCUGGAUUCGCUUUAGUGCUUACCCCUUAUCUUUCCAUGUUGCCAAAGAUCGAGGAUCAUCUUCUUAUGUCCCUGCUCACGGCUUGGUGUAUAUUUGGAGCCAUUGUGAUUGUAUUCCUGCCGGAAACUAUGCAGCAUCAUGACCACGAGCAACGCGAAGAAGAAAAAGAAAUUGAUACGCAAGUGAUGGCCUAAAUCGAUUUUAUAAAAAAGGGGACUGAUCGUCAUCGCGCUAAACCAUGAAGAACCGCUACUACUGCCAUAUCUAGAAGUUGUUCUAUGUAUUCUCAGAUGUUGCCAACUUGAUAAGUGAGAUAUUACGGAGCGAAUGCGGAAUAGGACAGGGUGCAAGAAGCAGUGAGCAAAUUAUUAAAAAAAUGUCAAUUUUUACGUAAGUAUUUAUAACCAAACCUGUGAAUGUUUAGAGGAAAGUAGUCUUUCCCGUUCUGUAUAAUAUGUGAGUGUUUGGUGGAUUCGAAUAUUUAAAGAAGCAUUUAAAACUCUGAGCAAGGAAAGCGAAAGGAUUCAGAGAAAUGUUGUCGAUGCCAUAACGAGCAGAAAUCAAUAGUCAUUACCAAUUUUACUGUAACGAUAGGAGACGCUAGCGGUGUAAUUUUAUUUCACACUAAUGAAUUUCAAAAUGGAAAUAACCUACGAAUUUUCGAUGGAUUUUCUGGCUGGCCCAGAAAAGACGGUUUUUAUGACACUAUAUUCGAAUAAUGAUCACAUGACGAUUAUUUACACAUAGAAACAAGUACAGCUGUAUACGUUGAUCGCCAUACAACCAUACGAACGCAAUAGCCAUGUCAGAGAAAAUAGUAUUUAUAAACCGGAACUUCAUUGAUUUUGUCACCUUUCUCAUCGAUCGGCUUCGUGGAGCACGCAAGCAUUCAGUAUUACGGGAGGUUUUAGUUUGCCAUUACAAACAUUCAUU